UCCUCCACGCCCUUAAACUCGCCCCUGUCCUCCGUUCCCUCACUGACUUGUUCUCAGUGCCUCUUUGAGAAGGAUGUGGGGUGGUUUGUGCGUGUGGCAUUUGGGGCUUCUGUUUUUGGGGUUAGGAUGGGUGCAUGGGCAAAGCCAGACCAACUUCACAAGGCCUGUAUUCCUGUGUGGUGGUCAUUUGACGACAGACUCGGGGUUUGUGGCUAGUGAGGGUUUCCCCUCUCAUUACAAAGCAAACUCCAAAUGCACCUGGUACAUCACAGUUCCAGAAGGUCAAGCUGUGGUGCUCCAGUUUAGGAUCUUUGAUCUAGAGGCGGAUCCCACCUGCCGCUACGACUACGUGGAUGUCUAUAAUGGACACUCGUACACGGUGCAGAAACUGGGCCGCUUCUGUGGGACGUUCCGACCUGGAGCCCUCAUCUCCACCUCCAACACCAUGAUGCUAGAGAUGGCGUCUGAUGGCAGCACAGGAGGAAGAGGAUUUCUGGCUUAUUUCAGUGGGGGGAAACCACAUAUCGAUGAAAAUCAGUUCUGUGGUGGCAGAUUGACGAAGCCUCAAGGUUCAGUGAAGACACCGAACUGGCCAGAAUCUGAUUACCCAGCAGGCAUCAGCUGCUCUUGGCACAUAUCUGUGGAGCCCAACAUGGUGAUUGAGGUUAAGUUUGAGAAGCUGGACUUGGAAUUAGACUCAUACUGUCGAUAUGACUACGUGGCCCUGUUCAACGGGGGCGAGACCGAUGAAUCUCGACGUAUUGGCAAAUUCUGUGGAGACAUGCUUCCAGAUAUGGUUGUGACCAAUGGAAAUGAGCUGCUGGUGCACUUUGUAUCGGAUCUAAGUGUGACGGCUGCAGGCUUUCUGGCUCACUACCAGAGUAUUCCCCGCGGCUCCCGCACUGCCACGGCUAACCUGGACACGGCACACGGGCCAAGAGUCGGCACUUCACCUACCAAACCCACGACUCAACCAGCAAGACCUAAGCCUAAAAUUAAGCCCACACCGAAAGCUCCCUCAAGACCACCUAAACCUGUACCACCCAGACCAACUCCUAAACCGAGAUCAAAACCUGCACCCAAGCCUAAACCAGUCAGACCUACUCCCCCAACAAGAUCAGGUGCGAGAGUCACACCAAAACCUGCAGUGAAAGUGCCAGCGAAACCUACAAAGAGGCCUACACCUAAAAACAAAGUUAAACCAACAAGUACUCCAGCAAAGCCAAAAGUAAAGCCUGGCGUCAAAGUUAAACCAACAGCAAAGCCAAAAAUCAGUCCCAUCUCUAAACCUGGGAACAAAACAACAACAAGAGCAGUAGCCAACCCAUUGUGUUCCCAACCAUGCAAGCGAACAGGCACUCUCAUGACCCAAUUCUGCCCCAGUCAUUUUGUGGUGACUGGUAAAGUGACUUCAAUUAAUCCUGGAUCUCAAGAAAGUGCUGAAGUUGAGGUGUCCAUCAUUAAGGUCUAUAAGGCAGGUAGACUUCAGUUCAGAAAGAGAGGACCCACCAAAUCUGCCACACUGACAGUAACAUGCAUGAAGUGUCCUGCACUGCGUAAAGGAGUGAACUAUGUGCUGAUGGGCCAGGUGAGUGAUGAAGGACUUGCCACUCUGACCCCAUCCAGCUUUGCUCUUCAGUAUAAGUCCGUGCAUGACAAAGCACUGGCCACCCUCGCAAAGAAAACAUGCUGACCUCACAACCACUCUGACCAAUCACAAGCCGGAUCAAACCCACUCUGGUCUACUUUAAUCAGGCAGGGAAAGGAUAAAUCAGAUACACUAAAUCCUUAAUUAUAAAUUGCAUCUUUUUAUAUAACUUUUUAUAUAACAGUUUAAGUAAAUAUUCUAAUACUAAGGGAACAGAAGAUUCAGAAAUCUGUGGUAUGUUAUGCAUCACACCAGAACCUUUCAGUCAUAUUCAGGGUAUAAAGUACAGGAUGAUUUAACAUUUUAUGUUUAUUGUGUUUGUAUUAUUAGCUUAUAUUAGGUCUGUUUAAUGUAUUAUGCAAACAUUUUGAUAAGGCACAACAUAUUCAUUAUAAAUGAUAAAGCUCCUUUAAUUAAAGAUGGAUGACAUGUAAAAUA